AAAAUCUAACGGAGCACAAGGGACGGAGGAGGCUGCUUUGAGUGCUUGCGGCACCGACUGAACAGCGCUGCCCUCUGCUGGGCGGCGCGUCUCCACCAGGUAAGACGCUCCCACAAGUGUACACUGCUGUCCGCAAGGACGCCGGCCCGCCCCCGGCCCGCCUCCGCCCACUCCCGGGACCCGCCCCGCCCCGCCCACUCCGGGACCCGCCCACUCCCGGGACCCGUCCCUCCGGCGUCCCACCUGGGCCCCGUCCUUCCCCGGAAAGCCCCGCCCACACCGGGAUCCGCCCCGCCCACUCCCGAGCCCCCGCCCCAGGCCCCGCCCCCCCUCGGGAUCGAAAACGAAGGCGCGCUCGACCUCUCGGCGCUCGCCUGCUCGGGUCUGGCGGCGGCGGCGAGGCUAGACCGGGUCCGGCGCGUGCGGCGGGGCCUCCGGGCGGCAUGGAGGGGCCGGGGGCUGCUGCGCGGGGGAACGUCUCCCUGCACAACUUCAGCGCGAGGCUGUGGGAGCAGCUCGUCCACUUCCACGUCAUGCGGCUGACGGACUCGCUCUUCCUGUGGGUGGGGGCCACGCCGCACCUGCGCAACCUCUCCGUGGCCAUGUGCACCCGCUACGUUUCUCAGAGCUGCUGUUGCAAAGUGCCACAGACUGGGUGGCUGAAAACAACGGAGGCUGAUUCCCUCCCAGAUCUGGAGGCCAGAAGCCUGAAUCAAGGUGUCAGCAGGGCUGGUUCCUCCUGGAGGCUCUGGGGGAGAAGUCGUCCCCUGUGUCUGGGCUUCUGGUGCUGCUGGCACCUUGGUGCUCCUUGCUGGCAGCCUGGUCACCCCCAGUCCUGCCGCCAGUGUCACAGGCCUUCUCCUCUGUGUGCCUCUGUCUUUUCCUUUCUUCUGAAGACACCAGUCCUACUAGAUGAAGGGUCCUUCUCACCUUAAGUUACAUCUCAAUUA